GACUGGGAAACACACUUGUCAGAACUGUCUUGCUGGCUUUGUUUGCUGUAUUGAGUUUCUUUAUCAUUUGAUGUGAUGUUACCUACUAAUGAUACAAAUGCUUUGCCAUUAAACAUUCGCAUUACUUUAGCAUUUUUAAUGAGCUUACUAGCUUUUGCUAUAAUGCUAGGAAAUGCUGUGGUCAUUUUAGCUUUUGUGGUGGACAAAAACCUUAGACAUCGAAGUAAUUUUUUUUUCCUUAACUUGGCCAUUUCUGACUUCUUUGUUGGUGUGAUCUCCAUUCCUUUGUACAUCCCUCACACUCUGUUUGACUGGAAAUUUGGAGGUGAAAUCUGUGCAUUUUGGCUCAUCGUCGACUAUCUUUUGUGUACAGCAUCUGUGUAUAAUAUUGUACUCAUCAGCUUUGAUCGAUACCAGUCAGUCUCGAAUGCUGUAUCUUACAGAACUCAACACAUGGGGAUCUUGAAGAUCGUGGCACUGAUGGCAGCCAUCUGGGUGGGGGCCUUCUUAGUGCAUGGGCCAAUGAUUCUUGCUUCAGAGUCUUGGAAGGAUGAGAAGCGGGGUUGUGAACCUGGAUUCUUUUCGGAAUGGUAUAUCCUUGCCAUCACGUUAUUCUUCGAAUUCCUGGUCCCGCUGUUGUUAGUGGUUUAUUUCAACAUGUAUAUUUACUGGAGACUUUGGAAGCGUGGUAAUCUCAGUAGGUGUCAAAGCCGUUCUGGACUCACUUCUGUCUCUUCUGGUAGCCGUGGACGUUCAUUCAGGUGUGGACUGUUUUCAAGGACGUCUCUUCCUGAACUGAAGGAAGCAGCAGCAUCCCUCCAUUCCAAGGGGCCGAGAAGAAAGAGCAGUGUCUUGUUUUCCUUAAGAACCCAGAUAAAUAGUACAGUUGUUUCCAAAACGGGCUCCCUUUCCCUUUCAGAUUCUCUAGCUCCUCACCAAAGGGAACAUCUUGAACUACUCAGAGUCAGGAAAUUGGCCAAGUCACUGGCCAUUAUCUCAGGUGUUUUUGCCAUUUGCUGGGCUCCCUACUCUCUGUUCACAAUUAUUCGUUCGGUCUACCCUCUAGAUCAGCGUCCUACAACAGCUGCAACAGCUGUGUACGAGUUCACAUUUUGGCUUCAGUGGUUCAAUUCCUUUAUCAAUCCUUUUUUGUAUCCGCUGUGUCACAAGCGUUUUCAGAAGGCUUUCUUGAAAAUAUUUCAUAUGAAAAAGCAAUCCAUACUAUCACACAAUCGGUCAACGUCCUCUUAAAGGUAAUCUUCUUGCUUAUGUAAGUUUCAGUCUUACUUUCAUCUAAAUGAAUUUGACCUGGCUUUCAUCUUUCCCUAUCCACUCUACCAAAAAAGUCCAUAAAAUCAUAAUGCUUGAAAAUUAAAAAAAAUAUCAGAAGUCAGUGGAAAAUUAUUCUGGUGAAUAGUAACAGUAUAAUAAGAAAUUCAUAUUUUUGUAAACUCAUAGCCACAAAAGCACUGUAUUUUUCUUAGUCAUUACCUCUUUCUUGUCUUUAGGAUCUUAAGAUAAUGUUGUUUGUGAAAAGUCAAGAGUUUUAGUUUUCUUUCUACAUUCAGUGUUUGCUACAGUCUUAAGUGAAUUUCCCUUUUUGUUUUUUUUAUAGCAAUGAAAACUCGUCACAUUUUAAGAUCAUUCCCUAAAGUAUACAACAGGAAAAAGAGCUAUAUUGUACUCUUUUUGUGGGGUAGGAAGCUCUGUUAUGGUCAUUGGGCAGGUGAGUUGGGGUUUGAGUUGGCAGGGAGUGAGGGCGUCCAGAUGGAAGAGCAGAGGGCAUGUGUACUUCCAGAAUCUCUAUUCCUGAUCCCAGAAAAGAAGGAAGUGUGGGAUGAGGGAGGAAAGAGGAGAUCACUACAGCUCUCAAGGUCCUCAGUGAAGUUAUCUGGAGGUCCUGGGAAACACAGGAUGGGAGUGUGAGUGACAGGCAAUGGUCACCAAUGGGUUGAAAGGAUGGCUUUCCCUAUUCCUUUCUGCCCCUUUUCUCCCAACUUCCACAUCAGCUAAAACUUCUCUAUGAGAAAAUAUGGAAGAAAAAGAAAGGCUAAGAGAUGCAAAAGGACUAUAUGAUUAAACCUGAUGUACCUGGUGAAAUGUUCACAGAAAUAGUACGUGUCAAUAAUUAUGAAUAAAAUAUGUUUCUGUGUUUGCUGUUUUUAACUUGUGUGCUCAGUGUUUUACAUUGCAGUGUUCAGAGAGAUUCCUUUAUUAUUAUUAUGCAGUUAGUGUAGGUUGUACCUUAUUGAUGAGUCACAUUUUAUUAGUCUGCUGACAUUUUGUUCUUUUUGUGAUUAAUUUUUUUUACAGUACUCUUUGUCUUUGUCAUAACAUUUCAUUUUUAUUUCAUAGUUAAUUUCAUCUCUUCUAUAAGGUUUUAUCAGUGUUUCUUCUAUAACUUUUUAAAAUUAUUAUACAGGUUAGUC